UAAAAUAUUUGAUAUCCUCAUACAUUAAAACUCUGAAAGAGUUUUACCAACACAAAUUGUGAGAAUAGUUUGCAAUUCUCGAAUCUUAACGUUAAGAGUAAUCGCAAGUGGUUGAGGUGGCAAACUUGUUCAGUCUGAGGAUUGAAACAGUUGUCCAAAAAUACAGUGAUUGCGGCGAAAAUCUCGUUUGCAUGAAUAUAAGACACAAGUUAACUUUCAACCCGACUCGUCCGCAAGAGAAAUGGAGCACAGCCACGCCGCAUCGGGAACUUGCAAUGUAGGCCAACUAGGACCAAGCUUGACAAGCUUGUGCAAUAACGUCACAUUAUACUAUUAUUUUAUGUCGAUUCUUGACGCCUUCAUAUACAAAAAGCAAAACAUAGCUCAAACGUGCGAGCGCAUCACGCCUAUCCAAACACCAGAUCCCGAGUACGACUUCAUCGUAGUCGGUGGUGGUGCAACCGGCUCUGUCGUGGCUGCAAGACUGAGUGAAAAUCCAUCCUGGAAAGUUAUCCUUGUUGAGGCUGGCCCUGAUGAGCCACCUGGUGCAUCUGUCCCUGGUUUUCACAACACGAUGAUCCAAUCACCUAUCGAUUGGGGAUACCAGACAACAAACGAGAGCUACGCCUGUCUUGACUUGAACAACUCCUGUGCGAUUCAAUCUGUGAGAGCACUAGGUGGAAACAUGGUGCACAAUGCAAUGAUAUACGUGCGCGGCAGCCCGUUCAUAUUCGAUCAAUGGGCUGAAAUGGGUAACGAGGGAUGGUCAUGGAAAGAAGUCUUACCGUUUUUUAAGAAAUCCGAGAAUAACGGUGACAUCGAUAGUGUUGGUCGAGAGUAUCACGGCACGGAUGGGCCACUUUUUGUCGAAAGAUUUCCUUACCAACCACCUUUCGUUAAUGUACUACUCACUGCAGCCAAAGAAGCAGGUUUUGGCUACAACAACGACCUCAACGGAAAAGAUAACCAUGGCUUUGCUGUAAUUCAAGGAACGGUGCACAACGGUGCCAGACGCAGCAGCGCCGCUGCGUAUCUGCGGCCAAUCAGACACCGUAGUAAUCUUCACAUCACUUUAAACUCCAUCUGCACGAGGGUCAUAAUCGAAAAUGGAAAAGCAGUUGGCGUUCAAUAUUACAAAGACGGCAAAUUCCAUACGAUACGCUCAACCAAGGAAGUCAUCAUCUCCGCAGGUAAUAUUCGGUCUCCCCACAUUCUACUCCUCUCUGGAGUUGGGCCACAGGAAGAUUUGAAAUCGCAGGGAAUUGACGUGGUCAAAGAUUUAGACGGCGUUGGCAAGAAUUUCCAUGACCAUCUUUCAGUGCCGCUUACAUUCACCAUCAAUGAGCCUGAUGUCUACGACAACAACUGGGCCGCUCUUGCUGAAUAUCUAGGUUUCCGGACUGGACCCUUGUCUAGCAUUGGAACAGCUCAGGUGGUGGGUUUUUUACCAUCCAAAAUCACAACGCCCGACCUUCCAGACAUGCAGAUAAUCUUCGACGGUUAUCAGGCCGCUUGCGCGCCUGGUGAAAUCGGCGCCCUUCAAAGCGAUGGUAACCGCCAAAUUGUGCUUUUGGCAGGGUACUAUUACCCCAGAAGCAGAGGGCAAAUCAGUCUGGCUUCAAGUGCUCCACUUGAAUAUCCUUCUAUCUGGGGAAACUAUUUAAACAACCCUGCUGACGUUGCUGGUAUUGUAAAAGCCAUCGAAACUGCUCUGAAAAUUACUGAAACAACGGCCGCGAAAGCCUAUAACAUGACCUUGAUCACACCACUUGUUGAGGAAUGCUCCAAAUACACUUUUCCAAGUGCAAAUUACUGGGAGUGUGCCGUUCAUUACUUGGCACAUGGGGCAAAUCAUAAUUCAGGCACCUGCAAAAUGGGUCCCCCAUCAGACCCACUUGCAGUUGUCGAUCCUCGGCUACGAGUUUACGGAAUAGAGGGACUACGCGUUGCAGACGCAUCCAUCAUGCCUCAGGUGCCCACCGCAAAUACUCAAGCAACUUGCGUCAUGAUUGGAGAGCAUGCCGCUGACCUCAUCAAGAAAGAUUGGAAAAGUGAAAUCUAUUCUUCGUAGGAAACUUGUCCGUAGCGGUACCAAAUGUGAAGCAAAAACGAAUGUGACCCAAUGAAAAUAGCUUGAUUUAGACAUUUUUAAACCAGCCCCACUUCGAUCUUAAUAAAAUCUCUUGCAUUUGCCGCAAGUUCACGUUGGAAUUGUGCUAAAAAAUAAAAAUAAACCACGGCAAUAACUUUGACGAGAGUGAAUGAAAUACGAAUCUCUCAACUUUGGCUUAUUCAAUUCGUUAGAAAUCUCAAUUUUAAUAUUUGAACAAUUAUCACAGGCGUAAAAUAAUUAUCGUCGCCAAAUUACAAAAGCUGUGCUGCAUAACUUCAACGAAAUAAUUCGACAGAAACACGUUGUUCCUGAGAUCUUUACGAAUAAAAAUUACUAUUGCAUUUGCUCUGAUAUUCACUACUUUGGGGACUGGCACACUUUUCUUGCUCGCGUUACCGCAAUUCUUGUAACUACAACUUCUUACCGUGAUAAAAUUACCGUAAAAAAAGCCCACCGCCCCUAGAUAUUGAUUAUACUCUACAGUUUAUUCGGAAUUGUUCCAUACUUUGUCUUUAUUUUAUGCAAUGUUUCAUUUUCUUUAUCCGUUUGCGGAAAUUUUUUUGAUUAUCUCUACUUCAAACCGCUUGCGCGCUUUGUCCGUUAUCCUUCCUUCACUGUAAAACGAAGUCAUCUUAUUGAUAACCUACGUAAACCGCCUUCUAUGCAUGCGUCAGAGGGAUCUUUUAAAUAUUUACCAAAUAUUAAAUAAAUACCUGAAAAUACCGGAAGUUAUUUUUUAGGAUAUAACAUCUGACGUGCACAUGCAUGCAAUAAAUCACUUAUGAAGAGAUAUUUGUCUUGGGUGGGUAGGCACAUCAUAGAAUAAGUAUAAACAAAAGGCAAGAGAGGAUUCUUACGUAUACCCGUGGAAAGAGUGGUAGCGGGCAUAACUGUCCCACUACCCUGGGCCCAGGGGGUCGAAAUGAAUGAACAAAUUAAAAGGCGCAAAACGCUUUUACUUCUUCAUUGGUCCGGCUCGACGGAAAUUGCGGGGAGUCAAUCAGGGAGUUCGUCAAAUUUUCCCAAACUUUAGAGGAAACUUGGUUCAAUAAGACACUUCAACUUGAAAAAGAUCCUUCUAACGAGUCACUUCAGUUUUUGCAUGCGAUUAGAACAGUUUUUCAAAAUUUUCUCCGCAUUUGUUCAGCAAAGUUAAACCUGUAAUUUGGUAGAAUUUUGUCUUGCGCUAUUUCUUCCAACGUCACAUUCAGUUCUUGCGAAGCUUUAUUAUUUCUUUUAAAGCUCGUUCCAUUAAAAUUUUUAUGUUGAACCAAAUAUUUGAAUUAACCUUUUGUUAUUGUGUUCCAAACAUAAUCAUUUUAAUUUAUUGAA